GGUGAUCAGCCGGUUGGAAGUAUUUUAUUCGAGCCGGGUCUGGGGACCGGGGGCGGUCUUGGCAACCGUUUCCAUUUGUCCUAUACUGAAUACAUCCAAAAUAUAAAAGAAAGGUGCUAACAAACAUCAUUCGAUGCAAAGUCCACCCCUUCCACUGAACCUUCUUCUUUAUCCAAGAUUAUUAAUUUCUCACAAAAUUUGAAGUAACCUCAAAGAAACAUGGGAUCCAACGUUGGAAUAGCAGAAGACGCGACCGAAUUGAUAGGAAAUACACCUAUGGUUUAUCUUAAAAAGAUUGUAGACGGUUGUGGGGCGCGUAUUGCUGCCAAGUUAGAAACUAUGGAACCCUGCUCCAGUGUAAAAGACAGGAUUGCGUUAAGUAUGAUUAAAGAUGCAGAAGAUAAGGGUCUUAUCAUUCCUGGGAAGACGGUGCUUGUUGAGGCUACAAGUGGCAAUACUGGAAUCGGGUUGGCCUUCAUUGCAGCAAUUAAAGGUUACAAACUUAUAAUAGUUAUGCCAUCGACAUACAGCAUGGAAAGAAGGAUUGUUAUGCGAUCUUUCGGGGCAGAAUUGCGUAUAGCAGAUGCGUCCAAGGGCAUUGAAGGUAUUUUCAAAAAAGUUGACGAAAUACUAGAAGAAACGCCAAAUAGUUAUUUCCUUAAACAGUUCGAAAAUCCCGCUAACCCACAGAUUCAUUAUGAAACUACUGGACCAGAGAUAUGGAACGGAUCCGAAGGGAAAGUUGAUGCUUUUGUUUCUGGGAUAGGGACGGGUGGCACCGUGACUGGUGUGGGGAAGUUUCUUAAGGAGAAAAACGCGAAUAUUAAGGUAUACGGUGUUGAGCCGAGUGAAAGUGCUGUUCUGAAUGGACGGGACCCUGGAUGUCAUAAGAUUCAAGGAAUUGGUGCUGGUGUUAUCCCUGAUGUUUUGGACGUCGGCAUUCUUGAUGAAGUUAUAAUGAUAACCAGUGAAGAAGCCAUCGAAACUGCUAAGCUUCUUGCACUGAAAGAAGGAUUGCUGGUGGGGAUAUCAUCCGGAGCGGCUGCUGCUGCCGCCAUUAAAAUCGCAAAACGACCAGAAUACGAAGGAAAGCUCAUUGUUGUUGUUUUUCCAAGCUUUGGGGAGCGUUAUUUGUCAACGGUGCUAUUUGAUUCUGUGAGGAAUGAAGUAGAAAACUUGCCAGUCGAGUGAGUCGUUGAUCACAAGGCGGGGUUGUGAGACUCUGUGUUAUUUGGCUGGGAAAGAACAUCUUUCGUUUUAUUUUAAAGAAAUUGUACUUGACUUUGUUGAACAGUUUUACAGUAUUUAAUUAUUGGUCAAGAAUUGGUUUCUAACUAA